AGAAAGAAACUUAUCCUACAUCCUUGAGCCCCAAAAUGUAGAGUUGAAAAAGGGAUGAGAUACCUUAUCUUUUAACAACAAAACCAAAUCUUCUAGAGGAGAAAAGAGACAAGGAAAAAUGGAGGGAGGGAUGCAAAUGGCACUUCCCAUACUGGGAAUUGUAGCUGCUGCUGCUGUUACUUUCUAUGCCGUAAGCUUUUCCGAACUUAGAGAGAAAUCUUUCAAUGACUUGGAAGACUCAGAAGAAGAAGAAGGGUUCAGGCAAUCUCUCAGCUCUAGGAAAAGAAGAGCCAAAAGAAAGGCUGAUAAACAAGCCAAGAAUAAUUGACCACAAAACUCCUUGCCUGGUUUUGUCAUGUCCUUUCUUUUGUAUAAUAGUUAUGAUUACAUCAGAGCCAUGGAGACAAUUGCUUUGAUAUUUCAUUUGAAGGAAUUGAUCUGCUUGAGAAUUGCAUCUCCGUCUGGGUUUUACUACAGCCCUCAUUUUAUAUGAUUAAGUAGGCCUUUUCUUGCUCA